UUCCAAUCCAAAACACUCACUAAAUAUCUCCCUUCUUCUAUAAGCUCAAAGAAAAAAAGAGUUUUUAAAAGAAAAAAUGGCUUCUUUUCUUUCUACCCAAAGCUUUCUAAAGCUAGUUUUUCUUAUCUCAAUGUGCCAAAUCUGUUUGGCUAGUAGGAAACUGAGUGAAUUAGUUCAAGACCAACCUCAGCUCUUGAAAUACCAUAAUGGGCCUCUUCUUUCAGGCAAAAUCUCUAUCAAUCUAAUCUGGUAUGGAAAAUUCAAGCCUUCCCAAAGAGCCAUUGUCUCUGAUUUCAUUACCUCUAUGGAGUCUUCCUCUUCUGCUCUUUCUCAUGAGAGCCAGCCAUCUGUUGCCACGUGGUGGAAACUCACUGAGAAGUACUACCAUCUUACCUCCCAGAAACGACACCGUUCUUCUUCCCUCUCCCUACCUUUGGGGAAACAAAUCCUCGACGACAGUUACUCUCUUGGAAAGUCUCUCACCAACAAACAGAUAGUUCAGUUGGCCUCCAAGGGUGACCACAGCAACGCCAUUAACGUGGUAUUGACCUCUUCUGAUGUCACCGUCGAAGGGUUCUGUAUGAGCAAGUGUGGGACUCAUGGCUCGUCCUCUGUUAUGGGUCCAAAGAGUGGUCAUGUCAAGGGAAAGAACUCAAAGUUCGCUUACAUCUGGGUAGGAAACUCCGAGACCCAAUGCCCAGGUCAAUGCGCCUGGCCAUUCCACCAGCCUAUUUACGGUCCCCAAGCUCCGUCCUUGGUUGCGCCAAACAACGAUGUGGGGUUAGACGGGAUGAUCAUCAACUUGGCGAGUCUUUUGGCUGGAACAGUGACCAACCCCUUCGGUAAUGGCUACUUCCAGGGCCCAGCGGAAGCGCCACUCGAGGCUGCAUCGGCUUGCCCUGGUGUGUACGCCAAAGGAGCCUACCCUGGUUAUGCUGGGGACUUGCUUGUCGACCCAACUACUGGAGCUAGCUACAAUGCGCAUGGCUCCAAUGGAAGAAAGUACUUGGUUCCGGCUUUGUAUGAUCCUUCUACCUCUUCUUGCUCGACUUUGGUUUGAUGAGUAGUAGUUCUGCUAGUAGAAUUUGUACACGCAAUAUGUAGGCUAGAGUAGAGAAAUUCAUUGAUUUUUUCUUUUCUUUUCUUUUUUUCUUUUCUUUCUUUGUUCUGAUUAUGCGGAUUAUAAUAAAAUUUUAAGCAAAUUACGUUGGUUUGCUUACUUAAUUAAA